AUGGAAACCUUCUACACAGUGGAAAAAAAAAGAAAUAUUUAUCUACUGAAACGAUCUAGAUCAAGCAUAGAAAUCAAUGGCCACUCACGCCCUGCAGCCUUUGCUUCUUCUCCUUCUGUCACUUUUUUCGUACCAGCUGCUUUGGGUGCCUCCGUCAAUUUUAAGAACUGCUUCGCAACGAACCCUGAACGUCGCGUCAACGUCACUAGUCUUAAGAUCAAUCCAUACUCGUUUAGUCUUGGCGGUGCAGGUGGAACCUUUACGCUAACCGCUAAUGCAAACUUUAACAUAAGAGCGGAAAAUAUGGAGUUAACUACGUUCAGUAAACCAUUUAUGAUGAAUCUGGUGAGAAAAACAUACUCCCUCUGUAAUGUGACGGCAUGCUCUGUUACACCUGGCCCUGUUGUGUUUUUUUUGCCUAUCUUUAUACCCAAGAGUCACUCUAUACUUACACCGCAGAGUGAAUACUUUGCUGCAAUAAAGAUGUCCGAGAGUAGAACAAACCAGAUUAUGUGCGUCUCCUUCGAAUAUCCGAUCAUUAAUUGGACUUAA